CGUCAACGCUCAGCACGUGUUCGUUAUGGUUGCAGCCGCCCAACCGACUUGCUGUGUACCACCACUCUGCUCUGUCCGCUCACCUCAGACAGACCCUUUCGUUUAAGAUCCAAUACAGUAGCCUGGUUGUAACUUCCUCAUGUCACAAGCAUCAGACACCGGCAGCGCCGAGGAUCAGCACGCCCACAACAACUCGGCUAAGCGGCCUUCCCUAGAGAACGACAACGUAGGACCUCCAGAACAGGAGAAAAAUUGUGAGCUUUCGGCGGAGCUGCCAACGGGGAUCUUCAAUGCUGGACCUUCACAGCCGUCGGGACCUCAUGUACAGGAAAACACUCUCAAUUUUGCACUGGUCGGCGAUUUACCUCCCGAGGCAGCGAAGAUCGUGGCCGAUAAAGAAGAACCCACGCUUAGCGAAUUAGCAAAUGUCAUGAAACAAGUAUUAAAUGUUCUCCAGGACUCGACGAUUGCGUUGAAAAGUGGCAAGGACAAUCGGUCUCGUUUCUGGGGGGUGUACAAACGAGUCGCGGAGGAACACGACGGUGAGUUCCUCGAGCGAUACACUACGGAUAUGGACAUUGUCUUGAUCUUCUCUGGUCUUUUCUCCGCUGUCAGCACGUCUUUCAUUGUUGCGAUGGAGUCCAAUCUCAGUCCCGACCCCAGCGAUACUACGAAUGCCCUUUUGAAGCAACUUGUUCAAAUCGGACUCGGCAAUCUCGCUGCGGCGGGCUCCACGCCCGCAGAGCCAGCGUCUACGUGGUCUCUGAGCCUGCCGACCUUAUGGAUCCAAUCUAUCGCAUACGCAAGCUUGUCCAUGAGCUUGCUCGCUGCAUUUGGGGCCGUACUAGGCAAGCAGUGGCUUGGGUACUACAAGUCGAACAGAUAUGGCCGCGGCUCUCAGGAGGAACGAGGCAAGCGCAGGCAAGAGAAAUUCGACGGCCUCGUCACAUGGUAUUUUGAUGCUGUCGUGCAAUCCUUUCCGAUCUUACUUCAAAUCUCACUUUUUCUCUUUGGCAUCGCCCUCAGCGCCCAUAUCUGGUACGAGUAG